GAACGUUCAAAAGUUUCCCCAUCGGCUACCCUCGAGGAUUCAGUUGGCCGUCGAGAACCUCGUGACAAGGACUGAUUGUACAGCAGCAGCAAAGAAAAAUCCCAAUUAAAAACCCGUGCAAUACAACUUUUUGGUGCUUAAGUGUUUUUUAAAGGUUUAACUAAGGCAAACAAAUGGGUCUUCUCUCCCUCCUCCGAAAACUACGAUCUUCCCCCGACAAAGAACUGAGGAUUCUACUCCUGGGGCUGGACAAUGCCGGGAAGACAACACUCCUCAAGAGAUUGGCAAAUGAGCAAGUCAACCACAUAACCCCAACCGCCGGCUUCAACAUAAAGACCGUGGCAGCUGAUGGAUUCAAACUAAAUGUUUGGGACAUUGGAGGGCAGAGCAAGAUAAGGCCCUAUUGGAAAAAUUAUUUUGAGAAUACCGAUGUACUGAUUUAUGUGGUGGACUGCACAGAUCGCAAAAGAUUGAAAGAAACAGCUGAGGAAUUGUCUGAGUUGCUGGUGGAUGAGAAGCUGAAAGGAGUACCUCUGUUGGUCUUUGCAAAUAAACAGGAUGUCUCGAGCAGUUUGAAGACAGCGGAAAUUGCAGAAUCUAUGGGCCUUGUAAAUCUCAAAGGAAGAUCCUGGCAAAUUCAGGGAUGUUCUGGUCUGCAGGGUACUGGGAUUCAGGAGGGAAUGGACUGGAUUUGUCAGACCAUCAAGAAUAAAUAGUUCUGUAGAUAUUCACGCAAAUUCACUGUCAUUUAUUGCCUGUUUUGUCCGGUCUUGCGUUGAAAAUCGACAAUGUUAGCAGGAGUCCCGUGUUAUUAACUUAAUAGUGCAUUAGUCAAUAUAUAAUUUGACCAUUGUAAACGUGAAACAACAUAGAUGUACAAAUAUCAUUAUAGGACUUAUCACAAAACUAUCAUGCACUUGAUAGAAAAUAUUCUUAAACACAAAACUCUAUUGCAAUAUUAUUUGUAAGGUCAAUAAAGGUCAUCUUUUUCUUUUUCUUUUUUAAUCCAA